AUGUCUUUGAGGAAGACGAAUCGUAUCCUCCCUUUGCCGCUUUCGACUCUUCCGUCCGCAGAACAAUGGAAGUUACCAGGGUACCACACCCUUCACCGACAAUUUACGCCUCAAAUUGUGCCUGCGCUUGAAAUGGCCUGGAAUCAUCCAAGUACCGUCAACCUCAUUCAGUUGAAUGUCCAGUCACGGUCUCAUUCCUCUUUAACAGUUUUUGUUCAGCCAACAGACACGCAUUGUUUCGACGCCGAUAACAACAAAAACACUGAGCUGGCGGAACUGGGUCAGAACAAAGACCGCAAAGUUAUAAAGAACGAAGAAGGUCUGUGCCAGGAGCUGCAUCGACUGCUUGGUGUCAAGGCCGUAUCGCCUUUCUUACCUCUCAAGUAG